AUGGCGCAUAUACACUCUUUUCAAAUCGAGCCUAUACAGCGCUUCACCAACCAGGAUGCUGCCAUCCGGCGACCUCGUGAAUUCACUUACUUCUCGUACGAUGAAGAGCACAAGUUCAGACUCGAUGCCUCCAGCCUACGAUACUACUACCCACCUAGCUUGCCCGCAGAUCUGAGCAAGGGCUUCGAUACAUUUCGCCAGCUAGACGAUAGUGCCGAUGACCAUCUAGACGGGCUUUUGGAUGCAAUGAUUGCCUUCGAGCGCGGCAAGGGUGCAAAGACUGAGGUCGAUAUCAUAACAUGGCGAGGCAUGAUGACCAAGAUCAUGACGGUUCCCUUCUCCCACCUCGACGAAUGGGAGAUGAACGCGACAUUUUUCCAAGACACAAUAUUCAUCGAAGAGAACCAUGCCAAAAAGCUGGACUCCCGCCAAAGGCAGAACAACUCGGGUGCACAUCGCGGAAACAUGUCCCAAGACCUGAUGAGUUUCUGGGGAUACAAAUUUGAGACCAUUUCGCUGAUGCCCAAGCCGUGGUCCGAAACGCCGAGAGACUACCUCGAGAGCCGCGAAGACGAAGUGGUCAGCAAUUAUGCCCAGUACUGUUCCAUUGUCCGUACCGGCUUUGGCAAGACCAAGCUUGUCAUUGGUGGUGAAGUCGACGCGGUGGAGGCCUUCAAACCCGAGGAUAAGAGCCAACCCAUCAGAUGGAUCGAACUGAAAACGACCGCCGAGCUUGGCAAUGACCGAGACCUGGUCAAGCUAGAGCGCAAAUUGCUCAAGUUCUGGGCCCAGUCGUUCCUCCUUGGAGUACCAAAGAUCGUCGUAGGCUACAGGUCUCAGCAAGGUAUACUGCAGCGUCUGGAGGAGAUCGAGACGCAGACCAUUCCAGAGAGGGUCCUGCGUGGGAAGCGUAUGUGGGAUGGCCAGACCUGCAUCAAUUUCACAUCCAGCUUUCUUGAUUGGCUCAAGUCGACAAUCACAGGUGAGGGUACUUGGCGGAUUCGAAAACGCGAGAAAGUACCCUUCCUCGAGGUCUUCAAGGUUGAACAAUCCGGCACGGGGGAUAUCUUGUCCAAGGCUUUCCUGGAUUGGCGUAUGCAAGAACUCCCUAAAGUUCCAGCUACUGUCGAUGCAGAUGGACCGAAGCCGACACAAAACGGCCAAGCUGCAGAUGCUGCAUCCACAGCUGCCGAUGCAUUUCAUCCUGAGCCUGCUCAUGAUCCUUCAGUCAAUGGCGAUGGGCUUGAUGCACGGAAGGCCGAAUUAUUAGCUGCCAUUCAUGGGGCUGCCGAUCAUAAGCCGCCUUAA